CGGCGGCCGGCGCGUCGACGCAUACAGCCAGCGAUAAGAUGGCGCGCCUCCUGCUCACGCACUUUCUACCGUUCCUCACCCUCACACUGGCCCAAGACUACUACCAUACACCCCGGAUCGGCUCACAGAAACUCGCCUCCUGCUACAACAAUGACGGACGACCACAACGAUGUAUACCGGAGUUCGAGAAUGCAGCCUUCAUGGUCCAGAUGGAGGCCACAAACACGUGUGGCGACAGCGGACCUCGCUUGUACUGCAUUCAGACCUCCGCUGGUACCUCCACCAGGUCUUGUGACUACUGUCAACCGGGUCAGUUCUCCGGGUACUACCUAACUGACCUCCACUACGAACAUGAGAACCAGACCUGGUGGCAGUCGGAGACCAUGAAGGAAGGGAUCCAGUACCCCAAUCAGGUCAACUUGACCUUACAUUUGGGCAAAGCGUACGACAUAACAUACGUAAGGAUCGUGUUCUACUCGCCGAGGCCGCAGAGUUUCGCCAUCUACAAGAAGACAGGCGAAGAACAGGAUUGGGAACCCUUCCAAUACUUCAGUGCGUCAUGCCGCGACACAUAUGGUGUGACAGAGCAGCGCAGCGCAGAACUUGGCGCGGAGACUCGUGCGCUCUGCACUAGCGAGUACUCCGACAUCUCUCCCUUGUCUGGAGGAAACGUGUUGUUCUCCACCCUCGAGGGACGACCCUCCGCCUACCAGUUCGACAGCAGCCCUGAGCUACAGGAAUGGGUGACGGCGACUGACCUGCGUAUCUCCUUGGACCGGCUGAACACCUUCGGAGACGAGAUAUUCGGUGACGUCCAAGUGCUGCAGUCGUAUUGGUACGCCAUCGCUGAUGUGGCGGUCGGUGCUCGUUGCAAGUGCAACGGUCACGCUUCAGUCUGCGAUACUGUUGACCUUGCAGAUGGUACCAAAACUCGUGCUUGCAGAUGUGAACAUAACACAGCUGGUCGAGACUGCGAAAGGUGUUUGGACUUCUACAAUGACGCGCCUUGGGGCCGCGCGUCGCCUACUAACGUGCACGAGUGCAAGGCUUGCAACUGCAACGGCUUCUCCAACAAGUGCUACUUCGACAAGGAGCUCUACGAGCGGACGGGCCACGGCGGCCAUUGCAUUGAGUGUGCUGAGAACAGGGACGGGCCCAACUGCGAGCGAUGCCGGGAGAACUACUUCCAGAGCGCCGGAGACAUGUGUCUACCCUGCAACUGUGAUGCUACUGGUUCCCGCAGUCUCCAAUGCAACGCAGAAGGCAAAUGCCAGUGCAAGCCAGGAGUGACAGGCGACAAGUGCGACGUGUGCGCACCCAACCACUACGAGUUCACGGUUCAGGGGUGCAAACCUUGUGGGUGCAACGAGUCAGGAUCCUACAGCAACACCCCCCAGUGCGACCCCCAGACCGGAGUCUGCUUGUGCAAGCAAAACGUUGAGGGAAGACGUUGUAGAGAGUGCAAACCUGGGUUCUUCAACCUGGACAUCGAGAACGAAUUUGGAUGUACCCCUUGCUUCUGCUUCGGCCACUCGUCGCAGUGCAGCUCGGCUCCGAAGUAUCAGGCGCACGAGCUCAGCGCCCACUUCAUCAGAGACGCCGAAAAGUGGGGAGCUGAGGACGACCAGCGCAGACUCGCUAACCUGCAAUUCAACGCUAAUACACAGAAUAUAGCCGUACAAUCAAGAGGAUCCGAAAUAGUGUAUUUCCUGGCUUCAAGUCAGUUCUUGGGCGACCAACGACCUUCGUACAACCACGACCUUAAAUUUACCCUGCGUUUGGGCGAGAACAGAGGCUACCCGUCGUCUCAGGACAUCAUAUUGGAAGGUGCUAGAACUUCCAUCGCCAUGAACAUCUACGGACAGAACAAUCCAGAGCCAUCAGACCAGCCUCAAGAGUACUCCUUCAGGCUACACGAGGACCCUCGGUACGGAUGGACGCCAACCCUCUCCAACUUCGAAUUCAUGUCCAUUCUCCAAAACCUUACAGCUAUAAAGAUCAGAGGAACGUACAACAAAGGCGGAACUGGGUAUCUGAACAGCUUCAGGUUGGAAACUGCCAAGAUUGGCAGGGAGAAAGGAUCUGCUCCGGCGAAUUGGGUGGAGAAAUGUUCAUGCCCCAAGGCCUACGUUGGGGAUUACUGUGAGGAAUGUGCCCCAGGGUACAAGCACGAGCCAGCCAAUGGUGGACCGUACUCCACUUGUAUUCCUUGCGAUUGUAAUGGUCACGCUCAUAUUUGUGACACUGCUACUGGUUUCUGUAUCUGCAAGCACAACACGACGGGUAGUAACUGCGAGCUGUGUGCUAAGGGUUACUAUGGCAACGCCAUCGCUGGUACCCCUGACGAUUGUAAGCCCUGCCCAUGCCCUAAAGACAGCGGAUGCAUUCAGCUUAUGGAUGGUAGCAUCGUCUGCACGGAUUGCCCGAGUGGAUAUGCGGGCCCCAAAUGCGAGGUCUGUGCGGAUGGUUAUUUCGGUGACCCAACGGGUCAGUUCGGCCCCGCGAGCGAGUGCCAGGAGUGCCAAUGUAACGGCAAUGUGGACCCCAAUGCCGUCGGCAACUGCAACCGGACUACCGGCGAAUGUCUCAAGUGUAUCUACAACACGGCUGGUGAUCAUUGUGACAAGUGUCUUAGUGGUUUCUUCGGCGACGCCCUCGACCAGAAGAAGAAGGGUGACUGUAAGCCAUGCGAGUGCCACGAAGCAGGCACAGUGGAAAGUGCUGAAGGGCCUCCUCUGUGCGAUGGGCUCACUGGCUUCUGUACCUGUCGGCCUCACGUCAUCGGCAAGAACUGUGAUAAGUGUGAGGAUGGCUACUACAAUAUCAACUCAGGCGAAGGCUGCAAGACCUGUGAGUGCAACCUGGAGGGUUCCUUCAACGCAACCUGCCACCCUUACACUGGCCAGUGCUACUGCAAACCGGGCAUUGACGGGAAGCACUGCGAUCGCUGCCGCGCUUACCACUACGGGUUCUCAUCAGGGGGAUGCCAGGACUGCGAUUGCGAUGAAUGGGGCUCCACCAACUACCAGUGCGACAUCUCUGGCCAGUGCUCCUGCCAGGAAAACGUCGAGGGCCGACGCUGCGACAGAUGUAUGGAGAACAAGAAACGCCGUGCUGACGGGCAAGGCUGCGAAGACUGCCCGGCCUGUUAUAACCUGGUGCUAGAUGCUGUCAACCAACAUCGACGAGAGCUCAGGGAACUCGAUGAUGUCCUGUCGAAGAUCUCUAAAGCACCCACGGUGGUGGACAAUGCGGACUUCGACAACGAACUACAGAGAGUGAGGGGCGAGAUUGACCGUCUGGUGGCGGACGCCCAAGCUGAGCUCGGCAACGGACCUGGUCCCAGUAUCACUGACAAUUUGUCUGAACUUGCUGACCGACUUGCUGAUGUCCGGAAUAUGCUGUUCAAGAUUGAAGAAGAGAGCUACGAUGGCAAUGACGCAGUCGAGAGAAGUAAAGGCAACGUCUCCAAGGCCGAAGACACGAUAGAGGCUGCUCAGAAGGAGAUCAAUAGCGUCAUAGAAUACCUGGACGGCGAAGGCGCCGCCGCUUUGGCCAAGGCACGGAACAGGUCGGACCAGUUCGGGAAGCAGUCUGGAGAAAUGUCCACUUUGGCGAAGGAGUCGCGACUGCUCGCGGAGAAGCUGGAAAAUCAGGCGAGGAACAUCAGAGAUAUCGCCGAGAAGGCCCUCAAUACUUCCCUGGCCGCCAACAAGAUUGCCAAGGAUGGCAUCAAUAAACAAGCGAAUAUUAGCAACGAAGUCCAAACCCUAGGCAACGAGUUGAAGGCAGCAUCAGGCAAGUUAAGCAGCAUGGCGGAAUUAGCAGAGCAAGCCCUGAAGAGAGCCAAAACCGUAUACGAUGAGGCCCUAGGUCUGUACGCCGAGGUCAAUACCACCCUGCUACCAGACAUCAAACUCAGCAAGCUGCAUCGAGACUCUGUUGAUAUGAACAAGACGAUCGACGACAAAGCUGCAGAACUCGAUCAGCUGAUACAAGAUAACGCGGCCACAAUACAGAACCUGGACGAUGCCAUCCACAGAGGACAUGAACUCCUGGAUGCUGGUCUAGAUAGGCAGGAGGAACUGAACGAGUUGCUAGACAAGCUAGAUCAGCUACAGGCGCAGGCUAAGAACGACGUCGAACUCACAAAAGCUACGCUUAAAGACGCCAAUGAAAUCUAUAAGACUUUGAAAGAAUUCAGCGAUCAGGUGCAAGAAUCCAGGCAAUUGGCUGAAGCAGCGGCGCAGGAUGUACCCGGGGUCCAGUACAAGGUGGCAGAGGCUGACCGCAACAUCAACAACAUUAUCGAGGAGCUCAACACAGCUAGCGACAAAGCCAAAGAGGCGCGAGACCUCGCACAGCAAGCGCAGAAGGAAUACGCUGAUAAGGCCUCAGAGGCUGCCCAUGAGAUCAGAAAGAAGUCGUCUUCAUCCAAGACUGAAGCCGUCAACUUGAGGGAUGAGGCUGAUAAAUUAUCAGUUCGUGUAGAAGCUACUGGCAAACAGAUUGAGGAUCUAGAGAAGCAAGCGGCUGAAAACAUGCAGCUCACGCGAGAUGCCAAGAUGAAGGUGGGUCAAGCCAACACAGACGCCACCGAAGCAGAGAAGCAGGUCUCCAAGGGUCUACAAGACUUGAAGGUGAUCAUGGAUGAGCUACAGAACUUGCCUACCCUGGAUGACGAGGCUCUGGACAGGCUACAAAAUAGCUUGGACGAUGCAGAGCGGGAUUUGAGGGCAGUUGAUUUGGAUGGAAAGAUCAAAUCCUUGACAGAAGCCAAGAAUAACCACCAGAGAUGGAUGAAAAAGUAUCAAGAUGAGCAUGACCAUCUCCGUGCUGAGGUGGCCAACGUAAAAGACAUCCUAGACCAGUUGCCAGUAGCUUCAAGAUGCUACAAGAGAAUCGUGCUAGAGCCCAGAGAAUUGUCCUAGAAAAAGGUCAUAUUAUUAGGUUCAUCCGUGAGGAACGGACGAUAAGUGUAGGUGAUGCUAACUCAGAAGGUUCAUAUUACGAUUUAUAAUACAUUUGUCUAUAUGUUGGUCGUCAGUUUUAAAACUAGCGCUUUAAGUUACAACACAACCCAAAAUUCUUUUGCACAUGGACACAACAUUGAAAGUAAACAAUUAGUAAACAUUGAAAGACAAGCACAAUCGGCGGCCUUAUUGCUAAACGACAAUUUCUGCCAGGCAACCUUAGGGCGAAAGAAAAUUAAUGACAGAACUUCAGAACAUUUUGAAUAUACCCAUAAUAAGUUUUAGUUUUUAAAAUUGGAUUCGGUGUGUAGAUAAUAAAAAUUUAUUGAAAUGAUUAAAAUUGGACGUGCUAUUUUGGCUUCCGUUCAACCUCAUAUAUAAUAUAUCUCGUGUUGGUUCAUCAGGUUUUAACCAAAUUAGAACAUUCUUUUAAAAAUUAUACCUUAUGCGUAAACACCGUAGCAAGGAACAAUUAAAAUACUUUGAUGUUAAUUUGUAUUGCAUAAUUGUAGUCGAUGAUCGAAGUCAGUGUCGAUAGUAUUACAAUUUAAAAAGUGUCUAAUCGAUUGAAAAUGUUUCGUCAACUCAUAUUUGCCUCAAAUCUUACGGAGGCACAUAAAAAUCUAUCGACUUCAGCUUUCCUUGCCAUAAAUGAUUAUAAAAUAAGACGACACAUAAUUAUUAUAAUAUUUAAAAACGUUCGCUGGGGCUUAAAGGUCACAGGUCAUUUGAGACGCACGGCGUCGACCGUUCACGACAAGUGAACCGCGGGUAGGCGCCGCUUUAACACCUGAUUAUCAAUGCGUAGUCAGCGCAAGGCAAGCAUGCGUGCAACAAGUUGUCACCGAGUGUUCCACCUACCGUCCGCGCGUGGUGCGCGUACGCCGGUGACGCUACGGAGUCGACGUGGGUAGCACACGGAAGAGAAGAAAGAGGUUGGAAAGGCCUUAAAGCGCAUUUUGUAUGAGAACCCCUGUCGCCGGUCCAACCCCACUCUCUUUUACUACUACUAAACAGCUAACUACGAUAGCUCUACUGUCACUUUAUCGGAAAUGUAUAUUUUACGUGAUAGGCAGCAAUUUUAUCAUUACUUUUCGUAAGUUACUGCAAGCAAAAGUAUUUUUUGAUAAAUAGCCGAUCAUACAUUGUUUUAAGUUUACGCGGUUAUUAUCUAAAUUAAAACACAUAAUGCCGGGUUCUUACUUAUCAGGGAUUAUGAGACUCCCCAUAACACGGUAAAAACACGGUAUCAUGUGUUUUAAUUAAAAUAGCCGAUCAUACUAGCUUUUAUGUAUUGCUCAUACAGUUUGUAUGACGCGCGUUUCGCUUGGCCCUUCCAUCCCCUUUCUUCUAUUUCGUGAUGUAGUGAACGCAUAAUCAUACAAGUCCAUAUUAUUAUAAAGAAUACUACCGCGCGAGGCGAGGUGUCGUGUGGGUGCCGAGGCCUCCAAUGAGCUGUUACCUUAAACCAGCUACUGGUGAUUAUAGAGUGCCUUAUUAAGUUAUUUUAGUUAUAAAUCGGCAUUUUGACGAGAGGCAGCAUAUACACAAUGUGGCUUCAGUGAAGUCGACUUAUAUACAAUUUCGAUUGCAAAACGUCUAUAAAUAAUCUUAUAAAUCUUGAUACAUAAAGCUAAUAAUAAUUUUUGAUUUAUAUUAUUAUAUUUUUAGGUUCGUCUCGUACUUACCAAAUGCAUUUAUGUUUUGCAUUUUUGUACUUAGAAUAGCAUAAUAAAUGUUUAUGAAAAUAUAUUUUGAUGUACCAUUUGAUAUGUGUAAAUGUUUUUAUUAUAUACUUUGUAAUAUUGCAAUAGUUAUUAAUAUUUCAAAAAACUGGUAGGCAUGUUUGAUUUCUGUAAAAUAAGUACAAACGGUAAAUAUAUAUUUUUAAGUUCAUGACCAGUUAAAAAUUAAAAUUAAUACCCUACUAUAUCGAGGCUAAUUUUGUCGAUAACUUUAGUGUAUGUAUGUACCUAUUAUGUAUGUGUAUGUUAUAAGUAAGUAAAUAAAAUGUAAUCUGUGCCAUAUUGAAUUUGGUGCGUACUGUAAAUAUUCAUUUUUUUAAGUACAAUAUUAUGUUUGUUUGCAUUAGGUAAGAUUUUCAAUGCAAUAUUGUUUUUUGUACAUGCCUUAUUAUCAUUGACUAAAAUCUAUUAAAAUUAUUCCUACAAAAAGUUGGCCAAAGAAAAUAUAGAGACAUGUAUUGUUACUAAAUAACUACUUUUAUACUUU